AGAACAAAAUAUCAAUGCAAUCGAUUGAAUUGGUAUGACUUGUCAUAAACAAUAUUAGAGUGUUAAAUAUUUUGUAAAUUAUGAUUCAAUUUUACAUCAAGUAUGGUUAGAGUUGCUGUUAUUGGAUGUGGUGUACUUGGUAUUAAAAUCAUUGGUGCAUUAGCGUAUAAUGGACAUGAAGUGCGUGUUUACGACAAUGAUGCCAGUGUCUUGAAUAAAGUAUACUUGCGCUUGAGCGAAGACAGGAGGAUUCUUCGCGAAGAUGGCUUCUUGUUGGGGAAUGAUUUUGUGGGCGAAGUAUUUUGCUUCAGUUCAUUGGAAGAUACUGUCCGGGGAGUCCAGUUCGUGUUUGAAUCUGUUUCUGAAGACCUACAAGUAAAGAAAAGCAUUUUCAAGAAGAUUAUUUCCAUUUGUUCAGAAGAUACCAUCCUUUCAACUGGGACCAUGAGGCUUCCAGUUAAUGAAAUAUUUGAGGAUCUCAAAAACCGUGAGCGAUGCCUUGGUAUUAGAUUCUUGUAUCCAGUUUACUUUAUUCCAGAAGUUGAGCUUUUGACGACAAAGUAUACUUCAGUUUCAACAUUGGAAAAAGUGCGUAAAUUUCUCGAACGAAUGGGUAGAGUUGCUUUCUUUCGUUCAGGACCUGAACCAAUUGUUCUGAGUGAAGAACAGAGAGAAUCGAGAAAAAAUGCUUUUAUCCGUCAAAUGAAUGAACAAAAAGGAAUCGGAAGAAGAUUAACAUUGCCUGUUCCGGAUUUACAGUCAAAUUCAAUUGAUAUGGAUACUCUUAAAGACACAACCACCGAGGCCAUGAACUCUCGCAAGGAGAAAGAGUGUGUCGUUUGUAUGGAUACAGAUCGCGAUUGUGUUCUCCAUCCUUGUCAUCAUCUGUGUACUUGUAUCAACUGCGGUAAAUUACUGCUCAAAAGACAAGAUGCUUGUCCUAUUUGCCGUCGACCAAUAAGUAAUGUUUUUCGUGUUUUUCACCCUUGAUCCUGGAUGAUUGUGAUUUUACUGAAACCUAAUGUUUCUCACAGUUGAUUCAGAUUCAAAGUGGUAAAAUUCAAAAUCAAAUGACACUGAAAAACUUUGUUAGAAUGACUAAUAUAGAAAUGAAAGUAACUUAAUUGUUAGUGUUGAACCAGUAUUGAUGGACUGUUAUUUUCUGCUUUUGAAGACGGUAAUGAAAUAAUCAAGUGACUAUUAUUUCAAUUAUCACAUGUAACUUAACUUCGCUGUUGUAUCUGGAAUGAACUUAUUGAUAAUUAAAUGGUGUAAUAAAAAAAAUCCUAA